GUAAUCGUAUCUUAAUGCGUCUCACCGAAGCAUAUGCACAGCCACCACCCAAGCUGGAACAAAUGCCAGCAACAAAUAGUAAUCACAAUAAUAGUGAAACAAUAGUGAAAUCACCUGCAUUGGCCUUAACACUGACCGCUGCAUCUUCUUCUUCGCCAACGAGUACCGGCAGCAGCAAUGGCACUGGCACUACAAUACCCCAGAAACAAGCCUUACCGCCAGAUCUGAACUGUGAACGCACACGCAUCGAACUACGAAUCAAUGAAAUUGAAAAGAAACAAACUGAGAUACGUACAGCGUGGCUGGAACUUUUGCAGUGCAUACGAGAAGCACGUGAGUUGGCUGCAUUAGAGGAGGGUGUGUCAUUUGUUACAAAUUGGAUACUUAAUACGGCAGAACAAAUGCUAAAUCGACAGCAAACGAUUGGUUGUGAUGUACGUGCCUGCGAAGCAUUACGUUCUGCACAUGAUGCACUUGAAUUGGAAUGUCGUGAAACCUAUGGUUUCUAUGCGGAGUUACUUUAUAAGAUUAAUAUAUAUGGAGGCUCAAAAGAUAAUUUCACCUACAAAGAUCUAAUGUCACAGAAGGACUUUAUGAAUUUUGUUUGUCGUUCCUUUGCAACGCGUUUGGAGCGCAGACGUAAUGUACUGAUCACGUCAUUGCGGUUUUUUCGUCUCGUUACCGAUUACUUUGAUCGUACAACUGUGGUUUUUGAAUCGCUAGUUAUGAGCAGUAAGACAGAAGACUUCGAUACAGCUGCUGGGAACCUACAAAAACUCAAGGACAGUCAAUUUAGUUUGGUGAAUAUGGAACGUGAACUCAUAAAAGAGGGUGAAAAACUUAGCGAUAUGCUGGCGAUGCCGGUUAAGGAUGCGCUUGGCCGUGACCUACACGUUGACUAUAGUGACGACAUAUGCAAUAUACGCGAAAUUUUGGAUACGACCAUAGCGCGUCGAAAUAUUUUCAGAGACAGCGUUGAACUACAAAAACUCACCUUGGAACAAGUGACACACAUUCACACGUACGAGCAAGACGCGCAAACAGCGAUAAAGUGGAUGGACGAUUUGUACAAUGUCAUGAUCAAGUGCCAUUCGCAUGUUGGGUGCAAUAUACAUGAGAUACAGGUGCAGAAGGAUGAAUUGCAAACAUUUCAAGAAACUGGAAAAAGUAUCUUCAACUAUGGCUGUCAGCUAUUGGAGGCCUCCCAAGCACUACGACUUUCAUGCAAACUCGACACCGCGGUAGCACAGAAUAUGUUGCAACAACUACAACGCACCUGGCAUAGUCUACAGGCCAUAAGUCAGGAGCACAUGACACGUCUACGUGUGUCCGCAGUCUUUCAUCGCAGUGUUGAGGAAUACUGUCAACAAUUGCACGACCUUAAAUUGUCGGUAUGCAGUUUGCGUCAACAGAAUAGCAGCAGCAGCAGCGGUAUUAGCAGCGAAGUUGAUUCCCAACCUUCACCGGUUGUUGCUACAGUGGCGGCAAUGGAAAAAUCACAAACCCAGUUGGAGCAACGCAAUCAGCUGCAAAAGUUUCUCGUUGAACGCGAACAACUUUUAGUGGAAGUAGGUCGCAUGGUGCGAUUGGGCAGGUUGUUGAAGACACGUUUGAAAGAACCAUUCGUCUUAGAUGCUGUUACAGGCAAGAG